AUGGAUCCCAAUAAUCUGCCUGAUACUCAGCAAAUCCUUACCACGCCCGCGCGCAAACGCGGCAAUCGAGAGAACGAAACCCCUCAGCAAAGAAUAAAACGCGAGAAAGCCGCUGAAAGGCAACGGCGCAAGCGCGAACGCGACCGGAAUGCUGCGGGACUAGGCUUGAUCUCUUACCAGACGGAUACUGAUUCUGCUCAGGUCCAGCAACCCCAGGCCCACCAAAUAUCCGUCAUGCAGCAGACAGUGGCUCAGCCGUCCCCGCCUCAGCAGAUGCUCAGUCCUGACUUGACACCAGAGGAGGCGUCGCGUCGUGAAAGGGUGCGCGCGGCGGCAAGGGAGCGCCAGCGGAAGCACAGGUUGCUGGUGAAGCAGAGGAAGAUGAGGGAGUUGGGCUUGGAGAUGGCACCCGACAUGGUGCCCAUGGAGGAGAUGCGCUACCCCGACGGCCACUACCAGCAAGUUCUACAACAUGAAUUGCAGCAACCACAGAUUGACCCGCCAUUUCCACCAGGGCCGCCGAUAGGCGGCCAGACAUUCGCGUCGACACUCCUGCUCUCCUUCUCCAGCACGCCACUCCUCAAACAACAUUUGCUACGGACGCUCAAUAUGACAAACGAAGAACUAGCGUCUCUCGAGCCAAUAAUAGCCGAGUCGUGGGACCGCUGGGAUCACCAACGGCGUAUGCAUGGCCAUCCUGGAGCGACUGGUUUCCAGGUCGAGAUGGGACCCGAGGGACAUCCCCUACCACCGAAUUCUGCACCGUAUCCUGCCCCCGUAACAGCGAGCGCUGAUCCCAAUCACCCCUCCAACGAAUUUCGUGCCCGAUUUCACCGGCCAUUAGUCGCCCCUACCCCAUUUCGCACCUUCACCGACUCCCAGGGCGCCGCCGCGUCGACACCUGGCAGCACCAACGGCUCUCUCCAGGCGUCACCCGACAGUGCGGUCGACCCACAGCUAAGCAACCCCACUCAGAACGGAACAAGCGAGGGAGGAAGCUGA